AUGGACACGCCGCCCAUCACGCCUGGGGAGCUGCUGUGUCUGGGCUCCAGCCUCGCCUUCUCCGGCCUCUUCUACUACCUGUACAGGAAGAAAGCCAGAGUCGUGGCACGCAUACAGGAGGCCCCAAAGCUCCAGGUUGAUGACAAUUUACCAGCACUGGUGUCUGCAGCUGAUGGAAGGUGCCUGCACUACGUUGCCCUGGAAGGCAUAGUGCUGCCAGCCAAGGCUGCGCUGACCAGCCAUUACCAUGAGGGGCUGCAGGGCGUGAUCCAGAAACUGCUUCUGAAGGAGCAUCGGCUGAUCUGGAACAGCUUGGCCCGGAGCUGGAGUGAGAGCGAGCGGGUGCUCUCGGAGCAGGUCUACACCGUCCCCUUCUUGCUGGCCUCACCAGACACCGAGGCGGUGACGCAGGUGAGCGGCGCGCUUCCCCACCCCCCCCGGCCCCUGGAGACAGUGUACGAGCGGUUCCAGCAGCCGGCCCAUGGCUUCCGCGACCUGCUGGGCCAGUACCUGAGUGGGGAGAAGCCCAAGGGCAUCCUGGAGACAGAGGAGAUGCUGCGGAUAGGAGCCGGGCUGACAGGCAUUGGGGAGCUGGCCUUGAACCCCGACGGCUCCCUGCACCUCCAGCCGCCGGCCGGGGGGCACGAGUAUUUCCUCUGCCUCUGGCAGACGGUGUUGGCAGAGCUGGAGUCUGCCAGUGGGUUCUGGAAGGGGGCGGCCAUGCUGUGCCAGCAGCGUGAGGACAAGCAGCCGGACGACGAGGAGGCUGGGGACAGGGCGCCUGAGGACUCCUGUGUGAUCUGCCUGACACGGCCCCGCGAGUGUGUCCUCUUGGGCUGUGGCCACAUCUGCUGCUGCUUCCGCUGCUUCCAGGCCUUGCCUGCCCGCCUCUGCCCCAUCUGCCGGGGGCCCAUUGACCGUGUGGUGCCCCUCUACCAGGCCUGA